CGAGGUGAGACUCUCGCACUCUCCCCAGAGUGUUUUCGGACGUAACUCGUAGUGUUAAGUUCAUUUCAUCAAUCAUCUCUCGUUCAUAGCCACCUCAGUGGCGGAACGCUCAUACGACAAACUUCAUCAGAAGAGACACAUCAGACCGACCGACGAGCCGUGUGCCGUUGGAAGCAAAUCCACAAUCACUGAGGAAGUUUUAGUCCGCGACACCGCCGGCAUACACCGCAGAUCGCCCGCAUAGGAUGAUAGAAACUGACCCGGGGCCUAAGAAACCUCACAAUUGUGAUGUAAAAAUUGAACACCAAAUAAACGGACCAAGUUCCAAAACUAUAGAUCUUGGCGUCGUGCCAUCGCUGAAGAAACCAGCAAAGCUCGACCCAGAAAAAGGCCCGAACUCGGAAAAAGCUGACUUCGAACGGGCAAUCGAACUCACUGGCUAUGGACGCUUCCACUAUUUGUUGCUUGCCGUGUGCGGUCUCGUCAGCACUUCAGAGGAGAUGGACGUCAUCUCCAUGUCCUUCAUCCUACCUUCUGCGCAGUGCGACUUAGAUCUUACCACACAGACCAAAGGAUGGCUCAACAGCAUAAUCUUUAUCGGGAUGAUGGUGGGCGCAUACGCGUGGGGCUCGGUAGCGGACUCAUUGGGACGCAAACGAGUUUUAAUCGCCAUUUCCAUCAUCAACGCGCUCGCCAUAGUCGCUUCCUCUUUCAGCCAAAAUUAUGAACUUUUUAUGUUCUUCCGCUUUAUGAAUGGCGCUGCUUUGGGCGGAUCAGGUCCAGUUAUCUGGUCCUACUUUGCAGAGUUUCAGCCAAAAAAGAAGCGAGGUGCUAUGUUGAGUUUUAUGGCUGCUUUUUGGACUCUGGGCAAUUUGUUCGUUGCUGGCCUCGCUUGGGUCAUUAUUCCAAGUGAGAUCGGCGGGGUGACAGGUGGUUUCGUCUACAAUUCUUGGCGUAUCUUCCUACUGGUUAUGUCACUACCUUCCUUUUUGGUAGCAGCGUUGUUGUUCCUUCUACCAGAAUCUCCAAAGUUUCUCAUAUCUACUGGACGUCACGAAGAAGCCUUAGAAGUAUUUCGGGGUAUUUACAUGAUGAAUACCGGCCGGGAUAAAGAUCAAUACCCAGUCAAACAAAUUUUGGUAGACGAACCUUUACACACAAAACCGGAAAAACAGAUUGAAGCAAAAGAGCCGAAAUCCAAAUUGAGACGAAUGAUGAGUGAUAUCGUGGAACACAGUAAACAGCUGUUCGUUCCACCAAUACUGAAAUUUACUAUGAUCUCUAUAACAAUAAACUUUACAUUCCAUAUAGGUUACUACGGUCUUAUGAUGUGGUUUCCUGAAAUGUUCAACCGUUUCGAUGAGUGGUCGCGGACGCACGACAACGCUGAGGCGGAUAUCUGCCAAGUGACGGCCUACGUCACCCAGUUCGGCACACACUCGGCGGAGGCGCGCUGCGACUCGCACAUACACUCGGAUGUCUUUAUGGAGUCGCUCAUUACGGUAGCUGCUGCUAUUCCAUCGAACAUUUUCGCCGUUCUUGGGAUGGACAGGCUAGGCAGAAAAUUCUUUUUAGUGUUCGCAACGUUUUCGGCGGGUCUCUGCUCGGCUGCAAUGUACUUCGUGUACAACAAAACUAAUAACCUAAUCGUGAGCGCCAUCUUCAGCUCCGUCAUCUCUUGCGGAAACGCCUCCCUUGACUGCCUCAUCACUGAAGUCUUCCCUACUAAUUUACGUGCAACAGGAGUAGCGGUCUCCAUGGUGGCAGCCCGUCUCGGCGGUAUCAUCGGUAACGUGGUCAUCGCCGCGCUGCUGGACCAGUACUGCCCCGCGCCGACGUUCAUCGUCGCUGUCCUGCUCGCCGGCGGCGGCCUGAUGUGUCUCUUCUUACCCAACACUACGAGACAAGCUUUGCAAUAACCAAAUAAAUACGCUUUAGGAACGUAUCACAUUCAACGUUCCCGCCAAAUACAAAUAUGUUUGUAAAAAAUCCUAUCACUAUGUUAUUUAUAAAGAUUUUUUUUAAAUCAUAUCAUGGAUAUAAAAGUAA